AUGAACCGACAUAUUCCUAGUGCAGUAUUUACAAAAAAAUUUAAUUUGCAACACGCAAAGAAUUAUGUCAACAUCAUCCGCAACAUUUCUGCAGCUUCUUCAAAGUUUGAUUUACCUCUCCGGUACCAAGGAAACGACAAAUCUGUCUGGGUCGAUUACAUUAACUUGGACCAAAAAUACAAACCUCUGAAUCUUGGACAAGGAUUUCCAGAUUUUUUCGCACCGACUCAUGUCACCGAUGCGCUCGCUGCUGCGACUAAGAGCAAUGAUCCGCUUCUUAAUCAGUACACAAGAUCAUUUGGACAUCCAAGAUUAGUCAACAUCUUAGGAAAGUUGUACUCUCACGUUUUGGACAGACAUAUAGACCCGUUUAGUGAAGUUCUGGUAACUGUUGGAGCUUAUGAAGCUGUCUAUGCAGCCCUGCAAGGUCAUACUGAUGUCGGGGAUGAGUGGGUGAUCAUAGAACCUUUUUUUGACUGCUAUGAAUCUCUUGUUAAAAUUUCUGGUGGUGUACCAAGAUUUGUUCCUCUAAAACCGAAAAAAACAUCCGGGAUAAUCAGUUCAUCAGAUUGGGUAUUUGACAAAGAAGAAAUGGCCAGUCUUUUCAAUCAAAAGACAAAAGGAAUUAUAUUAAAUACUCCGAUGAAUCCACUGGGAAAAGUUUUUACCCAAGACGAGCUUGAGUUUAUCGCUGAUUUAGCAAAAAAAUGGAACGCUAUUGUUAUUUCAGAUGAAGUAUAUGAAUGGAUGGUUUAUGAAAAUGCUAAGCACAUUAGAAUUGCAAGUCUACCGGGUAUGUAUGACCGUACAAUAACCAUCGGAUCAGCUGGUAAAACUUUCAGCAUAACUGGAUGGAAGCUCGGCUGGGCAUAUGGCCCAGAAAAAUUGCUCCACAAUCUUAAAGUCGUCCACCAAAAUUGCGUUUACACCUGCGCGACACCGCUCCAAGAGGCAGUAGCAGUCGGAUUUGAACAAGAACUCGAAAGAUUUGGCCAACCCAACAGCUACUUCAGCACACUACCCCAAGAAUUGCUCCCCAAGCGUGACUUUAUGGCCAAAUUUCUUUCAGACAUAGGAAUGUCACCUUCAGUUCCUGAUGGCGGGUUCUUCAUGAUCGCCAACUGGAAAGCUUUAGCAGACCAAGUGUCGCUGCACGAAGAGCCUGACGAGUUCCGCGACUAUAGAUUCACCAAGUGGAUGACUAAGCAUGUAGGUAUCCAAGGAAUACCUCCUUCAACUUUCUAUUGUCCUGAACACAAACACUUGGGAGAAGACCUCGUUCGUUUUUGCUUUAUUAAAAAAGACGAAAAUCUUCAAAAAGCUGCGGAUAUUUUAUAUAAGUGGAAUUCUUCAUAUCCACUGGGCAUCAUCAGGCAAUUGAGUCAACCUGUUGGAAAGACAAUAAAUAAUCUCCGGUAUUUAUCAUCAGCAAUGUCAAAGUUUGAUUUGCCAGAACGCUACGUCGGAAACGAAAAGAAUGUUUGGGUUGAGUACAUCGCACUGGACAUGAAAUACAAGCCUUUGAACCUGGGUCAAGGGUUCCCGGAUUUCUUUGCUCCGAGCCACGUGACAGAGGCAUUGGCCGCAGCUACCAAAAGUGAAAACCCGCUGCUGAAUCAAUACACCAGAAGUUUUGGUCACCCGCGGUUGGUCAACGCUCUGGCGAAAGUUUACUCAAAAGUCUUGGGCAGGGAGCUGAACCCCCAGACCGAAGUACUUGUCACAUCGGGAGCCUAUGAGGCUAUUUAUUCAACUAUCCAAGGUCAUACUGAAAAAGGAGAUGAAUGGAUUAUUAUAGAGCCUUUUUUUGAUUGCUAUGAACCCUUGGUCCGGAUUUCUGGUGGUGUUCCACGGUUUAUACCACUCAAGCCAACAAAAACAUCAGGACUUGUAAGUUCAGCAGACUGGAUUUUUGAUCGAGACGAAAUGGCCAGCUUAUUUAACAGCAAAACCAAAGGAAUAAUAAUAAACACACCGCAUAAUCCAAUUGGCAAAGUAUUUACAAUGGAUGAGCUAACAUUUAUCGCAGAUUUAGCCAAGAAAUGGGACGUUCUUGUGCUAUCUGAUGAAGUUUACGAGUGGAUGGUUUAUGAGCCAGCACAACACAUCAGAAUUGCAACACUGCCGGACAUGUACCAGCGCACAAUCACCGUUGGAUCGGCUGGCAAAACCUUCAGCGUGACCGGCUGGAAACUGGGCUGGGCGUACGGUCCCGAAAAUCUGCUGUACAACCUCAAAGUCGUACACCAGAACUGCGUUUACACCAGCGUUACUCCAACUCAGGAAGCCGUCGCCGUAGGAUUCGAGGAAGAGUUGAAGAGAUUCGAUCAGCCUGACUGCUACUUCAAGAGUUUAGCCAAAGAAUUAUUGCCCAAGCGUGACUUUAUGGCCAAGUUUCUCGCGGAUGUCGGAAUGUCGCCGACGAUACCCGAGGGUGGCUAUUUUAUGAUUGCUAAUUGGAAAGCUUUGGAGAAUAAGGUCAAGCUUGAUGAGGAAACUGAUCUUUGGCGUGAUUAUCGGUUCACCAAGUGGAUGACCAAGAAUGUUGGACUCCAGGGAAUUCCUCCGUCGGCUUUUUACUCCGACGAGCACAAACAUCUUGCUGAGGACAAUGUUCGUUAUUGUUUUAUUAAAAAAGAUGAAAAUUUACAGAAAGCUGCCGAGAUUUUGAAAAAGUGGAAGACUAGUUUGUAA